AUGGAGGACUACCUACAUCUUUUUACCCUAAACUUGACUGGAUAUCUGGGCGAAGGGGAAGCCCCUUGUGUAGACUCUGUUGGCAAUGUAACCUUCUUGGUUAUAGCCUACAGCGCCCUGAUAGCAGUAGGACUCAUUGGAAACUCUUGCCUGGUCUUUGUUAUUGCUCGCCAACGGGAGAUGCGGAAUGUCACCAACAUUUUUAUCGCCAAUCUAUCCUGCUCUGAUAUCCUGAUGGCUCUGGUGUGUGUACCAGUCACUGUAAUCUAUACUCUGAUGAACCGAUGGAUCCUGGGCGAGGCGCUCUGUAAAGUGACACCAUUUGUGCAGUGUAUCUCUGUCACUGUCUCUGUACUUUCUCUGGUCCUCAUUGCUUUAGAACGACACCAGCUUAUAAUUCACCCAACUGGUUGGAAACCCUUGCCGUGGCAUGCUUACCUUGCUGUGGCAGUAACAUGGGCUGUGUCAUGUUUCAUCUCCUUGCCAUUCCUUUCUUUUAGUAUCCUAACCAAUCGACCAUUCCAGAACCUCUCAUUACCUUUUGACCCUUACAUUGACCACUUUGUGUGUAUUGAUAGUUGGCCAUCUGAACAACACCGCCUGGCUUAUACAACCUGCCUCCUGCUCUUCCAGUACUGCUUACCCUUGCUCCUCAUUCUUUUGUGUUACCUCCGUAUAUUUCUUCGCUUACGGAGAAGAAGGGAUGUAGUGGAAAGAGCAGGAGGGGGAGACUCAGGAGGACGCAAGGGAGGUCACCGUAGGGUAAACAUCAUGCUACUUUCCAUUGUGGUGGCCUUUGGUCUUUGUUGGCUGCCUCUCACUGUUUUCAAUGCCCUCUUUGAUUGGGAUCAUAAGAGUAUUUCUACCUGCUAUCAUGAUCUCAUAUUUUCUCUCUGCCACCUGUCAGCCAUGGCGUCUACGUGUGUCAACCCUGUCAUGUAUGGUUUCUUGAACAACAACUUCCAAAAAGAAGUAAAGAACUUGUUACUCCGCUGCCGGUGUGUAGGGAGUCAGGACAAAUAUGAAAGUUUCCCGCUCUCCACGGUCAGCACUGAAGUGUCCAAAGCUUCCAUGCAAAGCGUCACCAAUGGAAACAAUCUUUAA